AACUGUAACUGUAGGUGCGACAGCUGCAUUUUUACAAGAGUGGUGUUUCUUGUGUAAAUUAAAUGAUAUUUAUCUAUUAAUUCAUUGAAAAAAGUCCAUACUUAGUGGCAUUGCGCGGUUCCGUUUCCAAAUGUAAUCGCAGUAUAUGUAUAAACCGACGAAACUAUGGCUUCGUUUUUGAAAUACCUUUUUGCCGGUUUGGUUCGGUAUUGGCUGAUGCACAUAGAUUACUGGCAAACAAUAUCGAACAGAGUGGAAAUAGCUACGCCUCUGAACUCUUGGAAGAGAUUAAUCGAGGGCGUGUACCUUUACGAUCAUAAUGUAAACCCAUACGAAGGAGAUGCCUUCCAUGAAUCACCCAUAAUGCUCAUAAUCUUCUACUACAUCAUGAAGAAGGCUCCAUUCAUAUUGCCGCUUCUGUUUACGUUACUUGAUCUACUAACGGCGUUUUUGCUGUACAGAAUGUCGAAAGCUUUUGUAAGAAUUUUGAAGGAUUCUCAAGAGAAAAUUAAGGAUGAGAUAGCUGAGGAUUCUAAGUCUAUGCUCCUGAGUAAUUCACAGCUGGAAGAGGCAUCGGAGUACGUUUUGUCUGUGUAUUUGUUCAAUCCUUAUUCCAUAUUGAACUGUGCUGGUAUGACAACUACAGUAAUACAGAAUUUGUUAGUGGCAGCGGCUUUAUGGAGCGCAUCUGGUGGCCGUAGGGUGCCAGCUUGUGCGUUUGUGGCGCUCGCUACACACCAGGCUCUCUACCCAGUACUGCUCAUUGUGCCGGUGGCCAUAUUGCUGGCGGAUGUUAAUAAGGGCUGCAACAAGUGCUCCUAUAUCAGGACUUUGCUGGUAUUUGUCCUGUGCUGGGGAUUCCUUAUUUAUAUCUCGGCAUUUAUUAUGAAUGGUUCCUAUCAGUAUGUGUACAACACUUAUGGGUUCAUAUUGACUGUACCAGACUUGAAGCCGAACAUUGGUCUAUUCUGGUAUUUCUUUACGGAGAUGUUUGAGCACUUUAGACUGCUGUUUGUAUGUGCAUUCCAAAUCAACGCCCUGGCUCUGUAUGUGAUCCCUCUCACACUGCGCUUCAAGACGGAACCUAUCCUGUUAGCUACAGUUCUGAUUGCUCUCUCGGCCAUAUUCAGAUCUUACCCUUGUGUGGGAGAUGUUGGAUUUUACUUGGCUCUCUUACCUAUGUGGAAACAUUUAUUUACCUUUAUGCAACAGAAGUUCAUAGUUGGCUGUGCAUUCAUCAUCACUUCAGCACUUGGCCCAACAGUGUGGCACCUCUGGAUAUACUCUGGCUCAGCAAAUGCCAAUUUCUUUUUUGGUGUUACACUCUCCUUCGCAACAGCACAAAUAUUUUUAAUAACUGACUUGCUUUUUGCAUUUAUCAAGAGGGAAUUUACCCUUAAACAUGGCUCAUCAAGAGAGGUAGACGGGAAACCUGCCAAGUUAGUGUUGCGAUAAUACCAAAGUCGUGUCAUUCCAGUGAUAACUAUGUGAUUUUCUAAGAAAAAAUGUACAACUUUGUUGGUUGUUAAGAAGGAUAAUUUCUAAUAAUAUGCUAAAGCCAGUAAAAUAAUGUUGACAACCAACAAUGGGAUACCUUUUACCAGAAAACAACAUUUUACAAUUAAAAUUUACUCACAUUUUUAUUUUCUUAUUUAGUUUGUAUUACAUAAAUGCUCAAUAAUCUCGAGCAGAAGUUUAGUAUAGGUAUUAUGGGCGAUUUUAUUGAAUAUUGCGAGUUUUGUACCUAAUGCUAAAUAUUCUAGUUACUUACUUUUUACAUAAUGAUAGUCUGAUAUACAUUUGCACAUUAAUUUAUUGAAGCCAAAAGGUCAUCUCGUAUAGUAAAGUAUUAAUAUUUCUAAACGAACAAACUGUGUACACUAAGCUGCAGAGUUAAGUGACCCCCUACAAACAAAUUUCUAUGCAGGGGGGUUACUUAACCCGGCAGCUUACUGUACAUCUACAAUUGAAACAAAGUAAUAAGUUAUGAGAAUAAUAUGUUCUUGAAUGUUAAGUUAACAUUUAAUUUUAAUUUGAUAUUGCGUUCAGGUACCCCAUCUAGAUUCUAGUCUGUAAUG